AUGGAUCGAAAUGUCAAUUAUACAUCUAACAUACGGUCAUCAAAGCAACAGGACAUAAAGUUAUGGGCUUCUGAACAACCUAUAGAUAGCGAAAAAUCAGCUACCGUAGCUGUGGCUGAGAAAACAGACAUAAUAAUACCAGCACCAGCACCACUAUUAACAACAGCAGUAGCAAUAACAGCAGCAACAAGUGAUCCACAUACAAUUUUGAAAAUGAAAAAUCGAGAAUUACAACCAGUUGAAAAAGAUCAAAAUCUUAUGCAAUUCUUUACAGAUUUUAGAAUAGAAGUGAGAGAAAUUGAAUCUAAGUUUAUUGCACGCUAUAGCAAGGCGAAACUACCAUCUUAUUCUCCAGUUCUAAGCAAUGGCCAUAUGGAACAUGCACAAUCACUUCCCCUUUUUGGUAUGAAAGAAGAUCGACGCAACAUUGAAUUCGUAUGCAGCAUCGAAAGACGAACAUUUUAA